CGUACUACUACUAGUAAAUCACAUUCAGGAAAAAUACUCGAUAUCCUACUACUCCCUGACGGCGACCAGUACUGUCAGUAGUGACAUAAAUCGUGAUAAUGUACCUCCGAGUCCGAGCUCGUGCUCAGAGUCAGAUCCGCAGGUACAAGGUAGCAAAGAGUGGUGAUCUUGUGCACAUAGCUGCUGCUGUUGUGAGGCAGAGUGAUAGUCACGGUCUUUCUUCUCUAACUCUGCAUCUCACACAGACCCACUAUCUCCGAUAGACUCAGAGUAUGUUGUGGUGAAUGGAUGCAAGAACUCAUCGUCUAGCUCCGGCGUUCAUGUGUGAGUGACGCAGUCUGCUGAGAUCAAGGUCAGGGCUGACUGCCUGAUUUCGUUGGCUGACUGGCAUGAUGCUUGCCCUCAAGUGCCUAGGUCGAGCACCUGCAACGUCAUUGCACAGAUAUUGCCGUUUGUUCAGCUCGGGCACUGAGCGCGAACUGCCCGCAGGAGCCUUGGCAGAACUGACCGCUGCAGUCGGCAGUGAUGGCGUGUCAACAUCUGCCAGCAUUCUGGCCCAGCACGACCACGACGAGUCUUGGCAUCGAGCGGCGCCAGCCCAGGCGGUGGUGUUUCCACGCACCACUCAGCAAGUCAGCGAAGUGGCAAAGUGCUGCAGCCGCCAUGGCUUGCCAAUGAUUCCGUUUGGGACCGGUACGGGGUUGGAAGGCGGCGUUUGUGCACCGCAGGGAGGUGUGCAUAUCAAUGUAACAAAAAUGGACCGGGUUCUUGAGGUGAACGCUGAAGAUUUCGAUGCGUGUGUGGAGCCAGGAGUUACUCGAAAGCAGCUCAAUGAGCAUCUCCGCGCUACUGGCCUUCACUUCCCCGUGGAUCCUGGUGCCGAUGCUUCGCUGUGUGGAAUGGCCGCGACGAGUGCGUCCGGGACUAAUGCUGUCAGAUACGGCACCAUGCGGGAGAACGUUCUGAAUCUUGAAGUAGUCCUGUCCAAUGGUCAGGUCAUUCACACUGCUGGCAAAGGUAGACGAGCAAGAAAGUCCUCUGCGGGUUAUAACUUGACGAACUGCUUUGUUGGUUCCGAAGGAACUCUCGGCAUCAUCACAUCCGCACGCAUUCGCCUUUACGGCAUCCCGGAGGCUGUCAGCGCUGCUGUAGUCAGCUUUCCAUCCGUACGAUCCGCUGUGGAGACGUGUGUUCAGGUAAUACAGGCAGGGAUUCCCAUCGCGCGUCUAGAAUACUUGGAUGAGAAUGCACUGAAGUCGGUCAACUCCUACUCUGGCCUCAAUUACUCAAUUGCACCGACGCUAUUCCUGGAGUUUCAAGGAUCCCAGACUUCGGUGGAGGAGCAAAGCGAGGUAGCUGGGGAGAUUGCGCGGGAAAACGGCGGUGGCGAUUAUCAGUGGGCAUCGGACGCUGCGGCUAGGGACAAACUAUGGACGGCGCGUCACAAUGCAUUCUACGCUGGAUUAGCACUGCGGCCGGGAGCUAACGUCAAGGGUGUGAUCACAGAUGUAUGUGUGCCGGUUUCACAUCUGACCGAGGUCCUGGUCACAACACAAGAGGAGAUCAAACAUGCCUCGUUUCCAUAUAUUGUCAUCGGACACGUUGGUGACGGAAACUUCCAUGUUACUUUCGUUAUUGAUCAAAAUUCCACAGCAGAAGUCAAGGAAGCGAAGCUCUAUGCCGAGAAUUUGGCCAGGCGUGCCCUGGCUAAAGGAGGCACAUGCACGGGCGAACAUGGUGUGGGAAUGGGCAAGAUUGAUCUUCUCCGCGAAGAGUUCAGCCAUGCCACCCUAGAAGCCAUGUGGAAUCUGAAGAGAGCGUUUGAUCCUGACAACCUGAUGAAUCCAGGGAAAGUCUUGCCAACUUUAUAGCUGACUCUACUGAACGACUUUGAUUUCAGAUUUAAUUCCAUUAAUUUGAGAUAUUUGAGAUGUUAAAAAUUGAAGCAGCAAAUACAUAGGUAUGUGCAGAUGCAACAGUCACUACUGCAGCAGUGAAAACGAUCUUUGUAUCAACCACAUUAACUUUAGUGCAUGCUUAUUACCACUAGUUUCCCUUGUGAUGUUAUUCACAAUAUCAGAAUUUUCCAGUAUUUUCCAUAUUUUUCAAUUUAAUAGCUCAUCAAACGCGCCAAGGAUCGAUAUUGAGCUGCUUUACAAAGAAGCGAAAUGUUCAGCACUGG